AGAAACCUGUAGGAAAAAUUCUACAUGGAAGGGCAUUUCUCCUAUCGAAUUCGAGCGAUUGGGGGAAGAUUGGUUCUAAUGGACUGCGAGGAUAAGGAAGAGCUGAAAGUCCUGGUUAAAUCAGCAUCAGAAUGGUUGGGCCAAUGGUUCGAGAAGGUGUGCCCUUGGACCCCAGAUCUGGUAGCGAAAGAAAGAUUCGUUUGGAUCAGAUGUCAAGGUGUUCCGUUAAACAUCUGGGGGCCAAAAUUCUUUGCUUCGAUGGGGUGCUCAUGGGGCAAGUUCAUCUGUCUAGAUGACAGCACAAGUCAUAGGAGGAGGUUUGACAUAGCCAGAUUUUUAAUCUCGACUCCAAUUAUGAACACCAUUUCAGUAAUGAGACAAAUCAAAAUCGACGAGUCCGUAUAUAAGCUCAAGUUCACAGAGGAGGAAUUUACCAAUAUUUUCUUCUCUCUGAAACAGGACUUCAUCCCCCAUUUCAAUAGCGACUCAGAGGAACAAGAAUCAUGGUCUAUGGACAGUGAGAAGGAGGAUUGUGCCAGUAAAGGUGCAGGGGCGGAAGAACAGGGGAAGGAUGUCUCAGCCAAGAAUGAGGAUGAUGACGAUGAUGUGGCAUGCAACAAAGGGGAGCCGUACGAAGUGUUCCUUAGAAACGGGUGUUCAAAGUCAAAAUCAGAGAAAGUAAAGGAACAUUCGGGAGAAAGGAACGCAGCAAUAUUUUGCAGCGAAGAAGAACAGCAGCAUGAAGAACAAGGAGAUCCCAACGGGCAGGACUGUGCAAGUGCGAGAAAAACAGGGGAAGGAAUCCAGAGUGGGAAAAGGUGUGAAAGGCAAAAGAUGAAACCAGUGAGGGGAACGGGGGUGCCGGAAUUCAGUGUGAGUCUAGAUGGAAAGGUCGCGGGUGAAUCGGUUGGUGACAGCGGGAUCCAAAAUUGCAACCGAGCUUUGAGGAAGCAGCUACAAAAUCAGCUGGCAAAAGACAUAUGGGAUCUAGCAAAAAGAUUGGGCGUCACAGCAGAAAACGAAGAAGAGAUUCUGCAGAAAUUUGAAGAAAUGAAGGGCAGAGAUAGACAAGGCAAAGUAGAUAUGGUGAAGAGAGUGGUAGAUGACGCUAAGAAGAUUGGGGGAGAGCAAUGUAGAGGUGUGAAUGAGAUCAAGGAAGGCGUGAAGAAUUAUUUCAAGGAGUUAUUCUCGGAAGAAGAGUGGCAGCGACCAAAGCUAGACGGCAUCAGCUUUAAACAGAUAGACAAAUCAGACAAUGAUUCUCUGACAGCCACUUUCUCAAAAGAGGAAAUUAAAAACGCAGUGUGGGAUUGCGACUCAUCUAAAUCUCCUGGGCCGGAUGGCUUUAAUUUCAGGUUCAUAAAGGCAAUGUGGGAGGAAAUAAAACAGGACGUCAUUGGAUUCGUACAGGAAUUCCAUGAGCAUGGCAAGCUGGUUAGAGGCUCCAACUCCUCCUUCAUCGCCUUGAUCCCUAAAGUUGAAAACCCCCAUAAAAUUGAAGACUACAGAGCUAUAUCACUCAGUAGAGUUAUGUACAAGAUCCUAGCUAAGCUUCUAGCAAAUCGCCUCAGGAAAGUUCUUGAAAAGAUCAUCGGGGAGCAGCAAAUGGCAUUCAUAGAAGGUAGACAGUUGAUGGACGGAGUGGUGAUAGCAAACGAGGUGAUCGAUGAGGGAAAAAGGAAGAGGAAGAAGAGUUUUCUUUUCAAAGUGGAUUUUGAAAAAGCUUAUGACAAGGUUAGCUGGGAUUUUAUAGACUAUAUGCUUAUGAGGACAGGUUUUACAGUCACUUGGAGAAACUGGAUUAAGGAAUGCUUACAAUUGAGUAUGGUCUCGAUCCUAGUGAACGGAAGCCCAACUCAGCAAUUCCCGGUUAGCAAAGGGAUAAGACAAGGUGACCCGCUCUCUCCCUUCCUAUUUCUAUUAGUAGCAGAAGGGCUAAAUGGAUUAAUGCAAUCUGCCAUUGAGAAAAAUAUAUUCAGAGGGGUAAGGAUUGGAAACGGGAACUUGUCAGUAUCACACCUCCAAUUUGCUAAUGACACACUGUUCUUUGGAGAGGCUUCGGAAGAAAAUAUUCAAGCAAUAAAAAGUAUCAUGAAGACCUUCGAAUUGGUGUCGGGACUGAAAAUCAACUUUGGCAAGAGUCAGAUAAUGGGGGUCGGGACCGAGGAAGGUUGGAAGGAGAGGAUGGCUUACAGAUUGUGUUGCAAGGCAGGUGAACUUCCUUUUAAGUAUUUGGGAACUCCAGUCGGAGGGAAUCACAGGAGGAUAGCAAUGUGGCAACCACUGCCUACCCGUGUACCUGAUGUCAGCCUACAAAAUACCCAAAGGAAAAAGGAGUGUGGAGGUCUAGGAGUGAAGGAUUUGAAGAAAUUCAAUAUGGCGUUGUUGGGUAAAUGGUGGGGGAGGUUAGCAAAAGAGGAAGAGGGGCUAUGGAGCAAAGUGAUAUCAAGUAAGUACGGGGAGAAUGGAGGGCAUUGGUUGGAUUGGGUAAGGGAUAGGAGUGGUGGAGGAUCAACAUGGUGGAGAGACAUCCUAAAUUUAAAUGCUGGAGAUGGGGGGAAUGCAGGAUGGCUAUUGGAGGGUUUUAGGAUUAAGGUCGGUGAGGGGAAAAGAGUGAGCUUCUGGUGGGAUGAGUGGUGUAGGGAGAUCUGCUUGGCUAAUAAAUUCCCUAGAUUGUACACCUGGUCUACAGGUAAAGACAAAGAAUGCUUUCAAAUGGGAAGGGCUCUCAAUGGCACAUGGAGAUGGAACUUGACAUGGAGAAGAACCUUGCAUCAGUGGGAAGACGAGGCAGCAACAGAACUUCAAAAAAUGAUUGAGAAAGUGAAAAUGUCCCCAGGGAGCGCUGACAAAUGGGAGUGGACACACAGCACCGACAGAGAGUACUCAACGGCAACAGCUUACGCAAUAUUAACAAAACAAAGGAGGGAAGAGGAGGAAGCAGAAAUGUAUAAAAGAGUAUGGAAUCCUAGCAUCCCAACCAAAGUAGCGGCUUUCAACUGGAAGGUAUUACUUGAUAGAAUACCAGCCAAGCUAAACUUGUUUAAACGUGGGGUCAUAAAGGAGAGGGAGGAAAGGAAAUGUGUUCUGUGUGAAGAGGAAGAGGAAGAUUCCAGCCACCUAUUCUUGAAAUGCAAAAUAGCCAAAUGGUUGUGGAGAGCUUGCGCAAACUGGUGGGGCAUCAAAGUUGAAUUACAAAAUGAAUGCAAGAGGACGUUUCAACUCUUUGGCGCCUGGACCAAAAAGUCACACAAAAGAGAAGGGUGGGACUGUAUUUGGAACGCAGUCAUAUGGUCAGUGUGGAUGGCAAGAAACAAAAAGAUCUUCGACAGCGUCGAGGUAAACUUGAUCAAACUUUUGGAACUUAUUCAGUUAAGGUCAUUUACAUGGAUUAAAGUUAGGAAAGGCAAGUGUUAUUUCAAUCUAUCUGACUGGCUAAUUAACCCUGCCUCAUGCCUUACUAGAGUGAAGUAGGAGGGGUUAGAAAGAUGGUAGUAACACUAAUUGUGCUUAUUCCUGUUCUUUGAUGAGUUUGGUUGAUGUUAAUGUAAAAGGGUUUGAGUACCCCUUGUACUCAGGAUAGUAAUGGAACUUUUGCUGUUCAAAAAAAAAAAAAAAAAAGGCUGAUAGCUGAUGCUGAUGAAUGAAUUGGAGAAGCUGUG